AUGACACGGCUUAGUGUCCCUGGAGGUUCGGUGCUCCGGAUUGUUGACUUCCCUCCCGGUAGAUCAGCCAUGCAUAGAACACUGAGUAUAGACUACGGAGUCGUAAUUGAGGGUGAGAUGGAGCUGGUGCUCGACUCGGGGGAGAAUCGUGCGAUGAAGCGAGGGGAUGUGGCAGUCCAACGUGGCACAAAGCACCAAUGGGUCAACACAGAUGAGGAGAAAUGGGCUCGAAUGGUGUUUGUUCUUCAGGAGAGCAAGCAGCUGACAGUGAAAGGAGUUAAACUAGAGGAAGAUCUGGGGAGCUUGGGUGAUGAGCUGAGACCAUCCGCCUGAAAUACAUUUGACUCGGUGAAUUUGGUCUCAGCUCUGAUAGAAGAAGUGAAGAUAUAUACAGUUAAAUAGUGAAGGGGUACCUUUCGAGUCGAGGCC